AUGAGUUCACGAUUAUGAUGACUGAGAAAAUUCCUAGUGUGGUUUCUCCCCUUUGUUUGUUUAACCGUGACAACACAAUGGACUUGCAACUUCAAAGAGAAUCACCCUACUUCCAAUGGUCACCAUGGAACAGUAAACCCUGUAUCCAAGCAAAUGUGACGGGCCAAAGCAACUGUAGCAGAAUUCUAAACACCACUGAAUUGAGUACACUGGAAAGACAUGAAAUUCCCAUCCAGAAUAUCCUGUGUGUCGAGGAAACCGAUUGGAAAUAUAGUUUUCUGAUCAAUUUCUACAAAGGCCGGUAUUUCUUGAGAGGUGUAAGAUAUGAUUGGAACGACCGUUUUUACAUUGAUAUAUUGCCAUACAUUGACGAGAUCGCAAUGCACGCAAAAGACAUUUCUGCUCUACGCCCAAUUCCGGAAAUAAAACAACCGAAAGGAUUCACCCCGCCAGACAACCUCAGUUUCCCAAACUGCGGAAGCAAACCGACGUCAACAAGAAGGAAACGAGAAAAUGACUAUUCUUCUGAAGAAUUACCACCGAUUAGUAAUAUUUUCGGAGGAAACAUUUCUCAGACAGGCGAUCAUCCUUGGCAUGUUUUCAUUGAGAGUUUAAAAACUGGAGGAGUCUGUGGCGGGACAUUGAUUUCGCCGACAGUAGUUUUGACUGCUGCACAUUGCAUAUUUGGAUCAGAAGCAGAGGACUUCAGAGUUGCUCUUGGGAUGUAUGAUAGAAGACACAGAAGAGCCCCUGGUGUUCAGAGAAGAAAGCCCAGCAGUCUGAUCGUGCACCCGAAAUAUGAAUCUGCGGAAUUCAUUAGCGACGUCGGACUCAUAAUUUUGAAGAAAAAAAUAAAAAUUACUGACAAUGUCCGACCGAUUUGCUUGUGGAACGACGACUCUGACUCUGACUUGGUUCGCGUGGCUGGAACUGAAGCUAUGGUGGUUGGGUUUGGGCUUGCUGACAACUACACGCUGCCAGAUGAGCUGCAAGAGGUUCGACUGCCGAUUAGAACUCACAAAGAGUGCUACUUGUCGAAAAGUAGGUUUUUCGGGAAAUAUUUGAGGCCGGGAGACAACUUUUGCGCCGGCUACACAAAUGGAACGACCACCUGCAACGGGGACAGCGGAGGCAGCCUUUCCGUGGAAAAAGACGACCGCUGGUUCAUCAGGGGCAUCGUCAGCUUUGGAAGGGCGAAAAAAGUGAUGUUAGAGGGCAAAAAUACUUCUUUGUGUCACCCAAAUCAAUAUUCCUUGUUCGCUGAUGUCGCAAGUUACAUGGACUGGAUCGUGGAAAACUCGCCGGAUAUUUCAUUCCGAAGUUAAAUGUUGGGUUUUUAUAAAAAAAAGUUUAGCAAAAGGACAGUAUAGUGAUUCAGUAGAAAAAUGGUAGAUGGACAGCAUAAUCUUUUAUCAAAAUAUUUUUGCAAUGGGGUUUUUAUAUAAUAAAUGGUUAUAAAAAUUUUGA